CCGACAUGACAUACACACAUUUCUCUCAGCCAAAUCCUGAAAUUUCUUGUCCGGAAGUCGACGUCGGCCCUCUCACCACCCUUCGAGAAUCAUCUUCUUUAACUCCUCUUGCAAUUGACCAAAUCAACCCCCCCGAUCUCGACCCACCCGCCUUAUCUCCCCUUCCCUGCACCAUCAAAGUUUCCGACCUCAUCCUCCCCUUCGGAAAACUCCAAAACAUCGACUCCGAUGACCUUCGCGAGACCGCCUACGAGAUUUUCUUCACAUCCUGCCGUUCUUCUCCCGGAUUCGGCGGCCGGAAUGCACUCGCCUAUUACAACGCCGGCGUCGACGGCAAUCCUGACUCCGCCUGUGGAUCACCGAUGAAGGGGAAUAGUACUGCACCGUCUGUUAGCGGUAGCAGGGUUAAGAGAGCUCUUGGGUUAAGAAUGCUUAGACCGUUGGUUGUUACACGCCGGACUAAUUCAAUGGACGGUGGUGGUAACUUUUCUUGUUUCUCACCCAAAAUUAGCCCCCGCGCUUCCGAUGGAAAUGUAAACGUUAACGGUUUAUGUAGCCCCGGAGUUACGUCGUUUAACACCGUGCCCUCGUCGCCGAUGAGAGGGAAAAGACCGUUGACGACGGCGGAGAUUAUGCGACAGCAAUUGAAGAUCACGGAACAAUGCGAUAGCCGAUUGAGGAAGACCCUUAUGAGAACACUUGUUGGUCAGAUGGGUAGGCGACCGGAGACGAUAAUAAUUCCAUUAGAACUAUUACGGCACCUGAAACCGUCGGAAUUUUCCGAUCACCAUGAAUAUCAUAUCUGGCAAAGGCGGCAACUUCAGAUUCUCGAAUGCGGUCUCAUUCUUCACCCAUUUGAUCCAAUUGAUAAGAAUUCCGAUGCCGCAAUCCGUCUCAGUGAACUCAUCCGUUCCGCCGAUCAAACCCCUCUCGACGCUACCGUUGUCAACUCCGACACUAUGCGUUCUCUUUGUAAUUCCGUGUUAUCUCUCUCAUGGCGAUCAACCAAUACCUCCGAUAGUUACCCUGCUGCCGAGAUUUGCCACUGGGCAGACGGAUACCCACUCAACGUUCACAUUUACCUGACAUUGUUACGAUCCAUUUUUGACCUACGAGAGCAAACCGCAUUGAUCGAUGAAGCCGACGAGAUACUGGAGCUAAUCAAGAAAACAUGGACAACACUCGGAGUAAAUCGACCGAUCCAUAAUCUCUGUUUCAUGUGGGUGCUUUUCGAGCGGUUUGUUGAUGGAGGUGGCGGUGGAGGGGUGGAAUCAGAGCUUUUAGGGGCGGCGCUUACAAUGAUGAACGAGGUUGGGGGUGAUGCAAAAAAGGCGGCAGCGGCAGCAUCGACGGAGGAGAUGGAUCCGAUGUAUGCAAGGAUUUUGGAGCCGUUGAUGGGUGCGAUUAAGAGUUGGUCUGAGAAAAGAUUAGGCGAUUAUCAUAAAUACUUUCACAAGGGUAUUAUAAGUGUGAUGGAGAAUUUGUUGCCUUUGGUUUUCGCCGCAACGAGAAUAUUGGAGGAGGACGUAUCCGCCAUGGCUGCGAUUACAAGGUCAGAGACGACGGCGACCGCCGGUGACUUAACCGAUAACAGAAUUGAUAAUUAUAUUCGAUCAUCAAUCAGAAAUGCCUUCGCCCAGAUAGCGGAAUCUGAAAACCUAACGAGUUCAACGUUUCAAGAGCAAGAAGUGGCGGAAGCUCUUCUCCAAUUAGCGACGGAAAUGGAAGAACUAGCUAUGAGAGAGAAGGAAAUAUAUAGUCCCAUUUUGAAGAAAUGGCAUCCGAUCGCUGCUGGAUCGGCUGCGGUGACCUUACAUGCAUGCUAUGGCGGCAUGUUGAAGCAGUAUCUUGAGAGGGUAGCGUCGCUUACUGCCGACACUUUGAGGGCUCUUCAAAGAGCCGGAAAACUCGAGAAGCUUUUGGUGCAGAUGGUUGUGGAGGAUUCUGUUGAAUGUGAGGAUGGAGGGAAAGCUAUUGUUAGAGAAAUGCUUCCAUAUGAAGUUGAGACUGUUAUAAUGGGAUUGUUUAGGGAUUGGAUACAAGAUAGGGUUAAGAGGGGAAAAGAAUGCAUUAACAAAGCCAAAGAGAAUGAGGCGUGGAAGCCGAAGUCGAAACAUGAGCCCUAUUCUCAAUCGGCCGUGGAGUUGAUGAAGACGGCUAAGGAAGCGGUGGAGGAUUUCUUCGAGCUUCCUAUUGGCAUUUCCGAUGAUUUAGUUCGGAACUUUGCAGACGCGUUGGAUAAUUUAUUUCGCGAUUACAUUGCUUUCGUCGCCAAUUGUGGAUCAAAGCAAAGCUACACACCAAACUUACCACCACUAACCCGAUGCAGUCGCGACUCCAAAUUCGUGAAGCUUUGGAAGAAGGCCGCGCCAUGCGCGGUCAUCGUCCCCAACGAAUUAUCCCUUUGCAGAGCAGAAGACGGUCAGCCAAUCCGUUCAUCAACAAGCCGUGGCACUCAACGUCUCUACAUCCGUCUCAACACUGUACAAUACAUCCUUUCCCAGAUUCAUUCCCUCGACAAAUCCCUCUCACUUUCAUCCCGUAUAAUCCCCUCUCCACGCGAAACAACUCGUCGCCGUAGCAUUGGUUCAUCCUCUUCCUACUUUGAAGCAGCCGAAUUAGCAAUCCAAGCCGCCAGUCAACACAUAUCCGAAGUCGCAGCUUACCGUCUCAUCUUCCUCGACUCGAAUUCAGUACUGUACGAUUCCUUAUACAUGGGAGAUGUCGCCACUUCUCGUAUUGAUCCCGCGUUAAGGAUUUUAAAACAGAAUCUCACCUUACUAUGCGCGAUUGUCGCGGAACGAGCUAAGCAAAUGGCGGUUAGGGAUGCAAUGAGAGCUUCUUAUGAGUCCUUCUUGAUGGUCCUUCUUGCUGGAGGAAGUGCACGGAUUUUUAGUCGGCAGGAUCAUGAGAUGAUCGGGGAGGAUUUUGAUCGAUUGAGGAAGCUUUUUGGGGAGUGCGGAGAAGGGUUAAUUACAGGGGAUGUUUUAGAACGUGAAUCGGAAGCGGUGGAAGGGGUGGUGGGGUUGAUGGGACAUACGACUGAGCAAUUGGUGGAGGAUUUUAGUAUUGUGGCGUGUGAAGCUAGUGGGAUAGGUGUGGUUGGAAAUGGAGAUGGACAGAAGUUGCCUAUGCCGCCCACGACUGGGAAAUGGAACAGAGCUGAUCCAAAUACGAUUCUUAGAGUUCUUUGCCAUAGAAAUGAUCGAGCAGCUAAUCAGUUCUUGAAGAGGACAUUUCAGCUAGCGAGGAGGAGGUGAAGUAAGUGUUCUUGGAAGGAAGGACUUCAUUUUGUAAU